AUGCUGAAAGUUUUAAGUCAUUCAAUAUCAACAAAACACCACCCGAUAGGCAUUGUUUUAAGAAGUUUUUCUACGGGCAGUUUGAUGCAAGAAAAUCACAAAUGCAAACUAUUAGUAGUCGGCGGUGGAGCUGGAGGAUGUUCCGUUGCAGCAAAAGCGUCCAGCAAAUUGGGCGCAGGAAAAGUGAUUAUUCUUGAACCAGCUGAUAAUCACUAUUAUCAGCCAAUGUUUACUCUGAUUGGAGGAGGAAUAAAAAAACUAGAGGACAGUUUUAGACCUAUGAAAAGCGUGUUACCUACACUAGCUACAUGGGUUAAGGAUUCGGCUGCAAAAUUGGAUCCAGAUAAUAAUGCCGUUUAUACAAGCAGUGGCGAUAAAAUCGAGUACGAGUAUCUUUUGGUUGCUGUCGGGCUACAGUUGAACUACAACGCGAUUCCUGGACUGGUUGAAGCGCUCUCCAUUCCGAAUGGGAAAGUGUGCUCCAAUUACUCACCCAAAUACGUCAACCGAACUUUUGAAGCUUUGCGGAAUUUCAAAGCUGGAAAUGCCGUGUUCACGUUUCCGAACAGCCCUGUCAAGUGUCCUGGAGCACCGCAAAAAAUUCUCUACAUUGCAGAGCACUAUUUGAGAAAGAACAACAAGCUCAAAAAUGCCCACUUGCAGUACAACACCUCUUUGCCGGUGUUGUUUGGUGUAAAGCACUAUGCUGAUGCGUUGUGGGAAAUCAUCAAAAAGCGCAACAUCGAUGUGAAUCUUCGUACGAAUCUUGUCGAAGUCAAACCAGCCUCUGAUGAAGCGGUAUUCCAAAAUCUUGACAAGCCGGAAGAACAAUUCACCAUUAAGUAUGAACUUCUGCACGUCACACCUCCCAUGGGCGCCCCAGACGUGUUGAAGGCUUGCAAAAGCCUAGUUAAUGAGGCUGGCUUCGUGGACGUGAACAAGGAUACGCUGCAGCAUCAGAAGCUCAGCAACGUUUUUGCCAUCGGCGAUUGUUCGUCGUCACCGAAUUCCAAAACAGCGGCCUCCGUCGCUGCACAAUCGCAAGUGGUGUACAAAAACUUAAUGGCUGUUAUGGAGGGUAAAACACCUAACCGGGUGUUCGAUGGAUACGCAUCCUGUCCCUUGGUCACCGGAUACAACACGUGUAUGUUGGCUGAGUUUGAUUAUUCCCUGACGCCGUUGGAAACUUUCCCAGUGGACCAACGCAAAGAACGCUUCUCCAUGUACCUUAUGAAGAAGGACUUUAUGCCGGCGCUUUACUGGCACUUACUAUUGAAUGGGCUCUGGAACGGUCCGGGGUUAAUGAGAAAGUUGAUGCAUAUGCACGUUUAAAACGUUCCAGUCCAUUUACCAUGUCUGUGAUGCUUAAUACUCACAAGUGGUUUGUUAUUUUUUCAAUGAUUGUUAGGUAGUCUUUAUGAAAUGUAAUGUUCUAUCAACUUUCGGUGCAAUUUUCCAGGCUGUUCUCAAAAUGAAUUCAUCACGUUGCGCGCAUAGCGGCAAUAUAUAAUUUAAUAUUUAACCAGUUAUAACGACCCGGUUGUUAUUCAGUUUAUAUUCUUUACUGUGACUUUUGUGCACAAGU